UCCAGUCAUUUAUAUAGAUCAGUGGUCGCAGCCCAAAAUAACGUCCUGCAAGAACGCUUUUUCAUCAAUUUUGGCAAUUCUUGCAGGUGCUUUGAGGUUACCUUACCCAGUUAACCACAUAACCAUUUUCGACGAGGAAAUUUCAGGUCCUGCUAGUGGAUUCUUGGGAAAGCACUAACAAAGGUCUUCUCAUCCGAGGCGAUGUUGCUAUUGUUUACAGACGCGAGUGUACAUUUGUUUCAGGCGUAAAGAAAUGCGAUAAAUUGACCUCAAGACACUUAUUUCAGGAAUUUUCACUUAUUCAAACAGAGACGCUUUUGAAAGAAGGGCGCUUCUGCAUUGGGAGCUUUUCCCAGGCGCUUUCAACGGAGAGCGGCUCGCGCAGACAUUACCGCGUCACGCAAAGUUGGACCAUCUGUUGAGCGUCUUCAGCCGUACUGCAAAGUUCACGAUCCAUUUUUCUAUUUUCUUGACAAGAACGACGGUUAAUUUUCGUAUUUGCAGCGUUUUUGUUAACGUCUCGUAACUACUUUCAACUUUAAGGAGGUUAGCUAUAGCUGGUUAGCCCAAUUUAGCUAACUGGCCUCUGCUAAUAGACGGGCCGUUAGAGACUGAAAUUUACCGUUUUGCCUAUGUUAAUAAUGUAAAUAAAACUGAAGACGUUAUUUUUGUUUACUUUGGUUUGCAAACUAUAUAUUGCAAAACGACGUACAUGAUACACAAACUCGCUUGCUACUGGGGCUCUUGUUUGCUUUUGUUUUGAAUUGUUCAAAGUCUAUCGCGUGGUUAGUCCCACUUUUUUUGUGCAUAUCGAUAACUUAAGUGUCCUUUUAUCGUCAGUCACAGACCCAGAUGUAAAACAGGGUCGAUUUCGAAUACUAAAUUUCAGAGCUGGCUAACUGCUAGCUAACCUCUUUUGUUUUGCGCUACUUGCUCGUAAAUGACCACCGGUAGGAAUAACAGAGUCAUGAUGGAAGGAGUUGGUGCUCGAGUAAUCCGCGGGCCUGACUGGAAGUGGGGUAAACAGGAUGGAGGAGAGGGGCACGUCGGCACCGUGAGGAGUUUUGAGAGCCCGGAAGAAGUGGUUGUGGUGUGGGAUAACGGCACAGCCGCCAAUUACCGUUGCUCCGGAGCCUAUGACGUGAGGAUCUUAGACAGUGCGCCCACAGGAAUCAAACAUGAUGGCACCAUGUGUGACACCUGUCGGCAGCAGCCCAUCAUCGGGAUACGAUGGAAAUGUGCAGAGUGCACCAACUAUGACCUCUGUACAACCUGUUACCAUGGCGAUAAGCAUCACUUGCGCCACAGGUUCUACCGCAUCACCACCCCUGGAAGUGAGAGAGUUCUUCUGGAAUCUCGUCGCAAGUCGAAGAAGAUCUCAGCCCGGGGCAUCUUUGCAGGAGGGCGGGUUGUGCGGGGAGUGGAUUGGCAGUGGGAAGAUCAGGAUGGCGGGAAUGGCAGAAGAGGGAAGGUGACUGAGAUCCAGGACUGGAGUGCUGCCAGCCCCCACAGCGCAGCCUACGUCCUCUGGGACAACGGGGCCAAGAACCUUUACAGAGUGGGAUUCGAGGGCAUGUCUGAUCUGAAAUGUGUGCAAGAUGCCAAAGGAGGAACUUUUUACAGGGACCACUGUCCAGUGUUGGGUGAGCAGAAUGGGAACAGGAACCCAGGAGGCCUGCAAAUAGGAGACUUGGUCAACAUUGAUCUGGAUCUGGAGAUCGUUCAGUCAUUGCAGCACGGUCAUGGAGGCUGGACAGAUGGCAUGUUUGAAACCCUCACCACUACAGGCACUGUCUGUGGCAUCGAUGAAGACCAUGACAUUGUUGUGCAGUACCCUAGCGGAAACAGGUGGACGUUUAACCCAGCUGUACUCACCAAAGCAAAUGUGGUGCGCAGCGGAGAGGUGGCUGCUGGUGCUGAGGGCGGGAGCUCUCAGUUCAUGGUGGGAGAUCUGGUCCAGAUCUGCUAUGACAUCGAUCGCAUUAAACUGCUCCAGAGAGGACAUGGAGAGUGGGCUGAAGCUAUGCUGCCAACUCUUGGGAAGGUGGGCAGAGUUCAGCAGAUCUACUCUGACAGUGACCUGAAAGUCGAGGUGUGUGGGACAUCCUGGACGUACAAUCCAGCCGCUGUCACUAAAGUGGCCCCUGCUGGUUCUGCUGUUACCAACGCCUCUGGAGAGCGCCUUUCUCAGCUUCUCAAGAAGCUCUUUGAGACCCAGGAGUCCGGAGACAUUAAUGAAGAGUUGGUGAAGGCCGCUGCUAAUGGUGACCUGGCCAAAGUGGAGGACAUCCUGAAGCGAUCAGAUGUGGAUGUGAAUGGGCAGUGCGCAGGACACACUGCCAUGCAGGCGGCCAGCCAGAAUGGCCAUGUGGAUGUUCUCAAACUGCUGCUGAAACAUAAUGUAGACCUGGAGGCUGAGGAUAAGGAUGGUGACCGAGCUGUCCAUCAUGCAGCCUUUGGGGAUGAGGGUUCUGUCAUUGAGGUUCUGCAUCGAGGCGGGGCUGACCUGAAUGCCAGAAACAAGCGCAGACAGACGCCCCUCCACAUUGCUGUCAACAAAGGCCACCUACAGGUGGUGAAGACAUUGCUUGACUUUGGCUGCCACCCCAGUCUGCAGGAUUCAGAGGGAGACACACCUCUGCAUGAUGCCAUCAGCAAGAAGAGGGAUGACAUGCUGUCUGUGCUGCUGGAAGCUGGUGCUGAUGUCACCAUUACCAACAACAAUGGCUUUAACGCGCUUCACCAUGCUGCUCUGCGAGGGAACCCUAGUGCCAUGCGUGUACUGUUGUCCAAACUGCCAAGACCAUGGAUAGUGGAUGAGAAGAAAGAUGACGGUUACACUGCGCUUCACCUUGCUGCGCUCAACAACCACGUGGAGGUGGCGGAGCUCCUAGUUCACCAGGGAAAUGCCAAUCUGGACAUACAGAACGUUAACCAGCAGACAGCACUGCACCUUGCCGUUGAGCGUCAGCACACCCAGAUAGUGCGACUGUUGGUGCGAGCCGAAGCUAAGUUGGACGUGCAAGACAAAGACGGAGACACGCCACUGCACGAGGCCCUGCGUCACCACACUCUGUCCCAACUGCGCCAACUUCAGGACAUGCAGGAUGUCAGCAAAGUAGAACCCUGGGAGCCGUCCAAAAACACAUUAAUCAUGGGAUUGGGGACUCAGGGUGCUGAGAAGAAAAGCGCAGCUUCUAUUGCUUGUUUCCUGGCAGCCAACGGUGCUGACCUCACUAUCCGUAACAAGAAGGGCCAAUCUCCUCUGGACCUGUGCCCUGACCCCAGCCUCUGCAAGGCUUUGGCUAAAUGCCACAAAGAAAAGACCAGUGGCCAGGUUGGCUCCCGUAGUCCGUCUCUGAACAGUAAUAAUGAGACACUGGAGGAAUGCAUGGUUUGCUCGGAUAUGAAGAGAGACACGCUCUUCGGCCCCUGCGGUCACAUCGCCACCUGUUCUCUGUGCUCGCCCCGUGUCAAGAAAUGUCUCAUUUGCAAGGACCAGGUCCAGUCUAGAACUAAGAUUGAGGAGUGUGUGGUGUGCUCUGAUAAGAAGGCAGCUGUUCUCUUCCAGCCCUGUGGUCACAUGUGCGCCUGUGAAAAUUGUGCGAGCCUGAUGAAAAAGUGCGUGCAGUGUCGGGCCGUGGUGGAGCGUCGCAUACCUUUCGCUUCGUGCUGUGGAGGGAAAGGUAUGGAGGAUGCCACUGAUGAUGAGGACCUUAGCCAGGAUGAAUUGGCCCCCCAACCAGCAGCAAGGGUGCUUGCAUUACAUAACAAUGUGACUGGUUGCUUCUCAGCAGGGAGCUCUAACUCUAUGGCAGGGGGGUCGCAGGAUCUUCUCCAGCCCAACAAUCUGGCACUAAGUUGGUCCAGUGGAAAUAUCCCAGCCAUGCAGAGGGACAAAGACAACACUAAUGUCAACGCCGAUGUUCAAAAGUUGCAGCAGCAGCUGCAAGACAUCAAAGAGCAGACCAUGUGCCCCGUGUGUCUGGAUCGGCUUAAGAAUAUGAUCUUCAUGUGCGGCCACGGCACUUGCCAGCUCUGUGGUGACCGAAUGAGCGAGUGCCCCAUCUGCCGCAAGGGCAUCGAGCGUCGGAUCCUGCUUUACUAGAGGCACGGUGUGUGCUGCUGCUUUCAUAAGCACCGCUCCUGUAUCGGCAAGGCUCUCUGUGUCUCAUCUAAGCUAAGAGUCAUCAGUGUUCGGUCAUUUAUAUUUUGUCUUAAGCAUCUGAAAUCAGACUCCGUAUUAGUCGGAGAAUCCUUUUUCUUAACGCUUGGAUUAUGCCCACCGCAACAAGAAACAUGAACUGGUCAUGCAAGUUUCCACUUUUUUAUGUAUUUUCGUGAGUUCACCACAACCUAAAAUGGCAUGAACUGGAUAACCUUUCCUCUUUAUGAUUUCGGUGUGUAAUGCUUAUGUGUGCUGAUGCAAAAACACAGUUGUAUCUGCAGUAUCAGUGUAGGUCAUGGUGACGUUAUAAAAUAUGACUGAGGUUUUUGAUGUUAUGGAGCAUCUUAAAGUGAGUGAACCUACCAUUGCGUUUGAAAUAAUGUGUUAAAGCAUCUUGUCAUGUGAAAUAAACAUGCAAAUUCAGUUUUAGCUGUACUUUUAGUACUGUUGCAUGUUCCUCACUUGAAAUUACAGUAUAUACUUUACAGUACUAGAGUAUUAUGGUCACACCCAUGUUGGAGGUGACGUCACAUGAUCAGGUGCAUGCUUUUCAUGCUACCGAUCUCCAAAAGAUAUGCAUUUACUUAUCAUCAUCAUUAGUGGACUGUUCUCCAGCUCUCCUAUGUAACAGAUAUUUAAUAUAAAUGUUUGAAACUGCCAGUUUUGUGCCAUUGUUCCAAAAAAGUAAAAGCAUUUCAUUACCUUUGGGGAAUAAGGUGCUCUACCUUACUAUAGUUAAUUUAUGUAUUUUUCACUAGAAUUAAAUGAGCUGGAAUAUAUCAUCUAAUAUAUUCUCAAGCUGAAAUUAUUAAAGCUUGGCAGCAAGAAAGCCUGACCAUUUGUAGCUGAGGACUUGUUGUCAAGAUGUAUUUUAAAGACCUCUAUCGCAUUGCUUUUUCCAUGUGGCCCGUUCCCAUGUCUUCAUCAUGGAGACGGUUUGUUUUUUCCACUGCGGACAGACGUUUUUACUGGAAGCAAAAGUAGUUUCAUACUUUCCCUUUUAAAGAUUUGUAUCAUUUUAACAUUAAAAGCUAGAUGCACUAAUAUACCUUAAUGGUAGUAUUGUAUUGUUAUGGUUACUCAAGCGGUCUCUUUUGUACCUUAUUUUCACUAUACAAAAACUGCCCUGGUUUAAAAGACAACACUGAUAUGUUUUUCUUUCAAUGAAUGAAUGAACGAAUGAAUGUUUGAUGUAUGCUGUACAACAUUUAUCAUAGAAUAACGUCUUUUUUUGCCUUGUAUUGCAAUUUUGCUUUUCAAAUGCAUUGCAGAAUAAAGGUCUAACAAAUAAGUGCAGUAAA